AUGACAUCAUCUUUGGAUAGUUUCAUGAAUAGAGUUAUAUCGGUUAUAACUGGUGAUGGUCGGAACAUUGUUGGAGUGCUGAAGGGUUUUGAUCAAUUAAUCAAUCUCGUACUGGAGGACGCUCAUGAAAGAUCGUAUUCUGAAACUCAGGGUGUUGAACAAAUUCCUCUAGGAUUGUACAUUAUACGAGGGGACAAUGUAGCUGUCGUUGGUGAAAUUGACGAAGAAUUAGACAAACGACUUGAUUUGAGUGGAAUUAAGGCUCCUCCACUUGAUCCCAUCUGGGUAGCUUCCUAA